AUGGAUGCUACUGACAACCGUCAACCCACGCAAAGAGAGAGAAUUGAGCUCUUGGAGCAGCAUAUGGACAGCAUGGAGACCAUGGCAACUUCAUUAGCCACCCUCGAGCAACGGGUUUAUGAUCUUGAGCAAACUCAUGGCCCUACUCAAGGGCAAGAUUUUGAGGAUGUUGUCACUGAACUCAGGCUAGAGAUUGAAGGCCUCAGUGGCCGGGUUGGUGUUCUUACCCAUGCCUUUGGCAAUGCACCGAGUGGUGGCAUGGAAUUCACUAGGGCACGUGUGCUCGAGCCCCGUGCCUAUUGUGGCACCCAAGAUGCCAAGGAGUUAGACAACUUUCUUUUUGAUAUGGAGCAAUAUUUCAAAGCUGUGAAAGCCGAUGCUGAGGAGACAGGGAUUUCUAUGGCCACAAUGUAUUUGUCCGGUGAUGCCAAGUUGUGGUGGCGGACUAAACAUGAUGAGAUGCAACGUGGCUUAUGCACAAUUGAGACUUGGGGGCAACUUAAGCAUGAACUUAAGCUCCAAUUCUUCCUUGAAAAUAUUGAGUAUAAUGCUCGGCGUGCUUUGCGGGAUCUCAAGCACACCGACACUAUAAGAGAUUAUGUGAAAGAAUUCUCUAGGCUUAUGCUAGACAUGAAAGAUAUGUCAGUGAAAGACAAGCUCUUCUUCUUUCUUGAGGGAUUGAAGCCAUGGGCCAGAGUUGAACUUCAAAGGCAAAGAGUGCAAGAUUUAGCCCAUGCACAAGCAGCAGGACAAUGGCAACGGAAGAGCUAUGGUGACAAGGCAAAAGCCCCUCAACAGUUCUCUACAAGCAAAGCAAAAGGCCUUAUCUCUUGUUUCUUAUGCAAUGGGCCACACCGGUUAUCUGAAUGUCCACAAAAGCGUGCCUUGAAUGCUCUAGCAACUGUGUCAGACCAUGUCUCUCAACCAAGUGAUGAUAGUGAGGAAGAAGACGUACGGUCUAGGCGAAGUGGCAAGGGUUCUAAGACAGCUGGCUUUAGAGUGGGAGCCUUUCAUAUGAUGAAUGCCAUGGAGAAGAAGGCUUCUAUAGGGAGGCCUAAGAAAAAUGCCAAGAGUGGCAAAGUGGGCAAGCAUUCGGAUCCCAAACAACUUGUGGAAUCUAAUGAUGAAGGUAAAGGGAAGAAACCCAUGUAUAGUAGGGAAUCAUCAGGCAAGUUGAACAAGAGCAAGUCAUCCAACAAAGGUUUAAUGUUUGUGGAUGUAAAACUCAAUGGGAAACCCCUUCGUGCUUUGAUUGACACAGGGGCCACCCACAACUUUGUUGCGAGAACUGAAGUUGAAAGCCUUAGGCUAUCUUUAGAGAAGGAUGGCAACUGCAUUAAGGCGGUUAACUCGGCAGCGCAGCCUAUCUAUAGGGUUGCAAAAUCUAUUCACUUGAAGGUCAGCACUUGGGAAGGAAGAGUAGAUUUCACCGUAGUACCCAUAGAUGACUUCCAAGCCAUCCUUGGGUUGGAUUUCUUGAGAAGCACAAAGACAGCAGUCAUGCCUUAUUCUAAUAGUAUAUGUGUCAUGGAAGAUAAGCCAUGUCUUAUUCCUGCUAUGGCCACCAACAACAGUGACCGGUUUGUCUCAACUAUGCAACUCAAGAGAGGUGUUAGGCAUGGUGAGCAAACUUGGGUUGCCGCAUUAAAGUUGAAUGAAGCUCUUGAAUCUACUCUUGUCCCAGCCACAAUCAAGAAGGUCUUAAGGCAAUUUGUAGAUGUUAUGCCUGAACAGUUGCCUAAGGAGUUGUCUCCACGCCGAGCUUACAGAGUUAUUAGAAGCAGGCUUCAUCAGCCAUCUAAGGCCCCAUUCGGUGCACAUGUCUUAUUCCAAAAGAAGUAUGAUGGUAGACUUCGCUUAUGUGUGGAUUAUCGGGCUCUUAACAAGCUGACCAUCAAGAACAAGUAUCCCCUUCCUCUCAUUGCAAAUUCAUUUGAUCAAUUAAGCAAAGCAAGGUAUUUCACAAAGCUAGAUCUUCAAUCGGGGUACUAUCAAGUAAGAAUUGUUGAGGGAGAUGAGCCUAAAACUAUUUCUGUUACUUGUUAUGGCUCUUAUGAGUUUCUUAUCAUGCCAUUUGGCUUGACCAAUGCCCCAGCAACAUUUUGUACCAUGAUGAACGAAGUUUUUCAAGAGUAUUUGGAUCAAUUCGUGGUAGUAUAUUUGGAUGACAUUGUAAUCUAUAACUCCACUUUAGAAGAGCACAUGGAGUAUCUUCAUAAGGCCCUUACCAAGUUGAGAGAGCACAAGCUUUAUGUCAAGCUAGAGAAGUGUUCUUUUGCCCAAGAGAGGAUUAAGUUCCUGGGGCACAUUGUUGAGCAAGGAUGCAUCAAAAUGGACCAAGAGAAAGUCAAGGCUAUUCAAGAGUGGCAGCCACCUACUAACGUCUCAGAGUUGCGGUCAUUCCUUAGAUUAGCUAAUUAUUAUCGCAAGUUUGUUGAAGGCUACUCAAGACUAGCUUUCCCAUUGACAGAGUUGCUAAAGAAGGGCAAGCCAUAUGUUUGGGCAGAGGAGUGCCAACAAGCCUUUCAAGCCUUGAAAGAAGUUAUGUCAAAAGAUCCUGUUCUUGCUCUACCUGACUUAGGUAAAGCUUUUGACAUACAAACUGAUGCAUCUGAUUUUGCUUUAGGUGGUGUUCUUUUGCAGGAUGGUCACCCAAUUGCCUAUGAGAGUAGAAAGCUCAAUGAUGUCGAGCGGAGAUAUCCAGUUCAUGAGAAAGAGUUGCUUGCAGUACUGAAUUGUCUGAGGACUUGGAGUCACUACAUCUUGGGCUCACGCCUCAAGGAGAAAAUCAAGGCUCAUCUAAACAAGGAUGCUAUGGCAGAGAAUCUUAUGAACCUUUUCAAAAUGGGCAAGACUCGCCAAUUUUGGGUGCAAGAUGGACUUCUAAUGACAACAGACAACUGCAUAUUUGUACCCAGGGCUGGUGAUUUGAGGAAGACAUUUCUUAGGGAGUGCCAUGAUACACUUUGGGCCGGACAUCCGGGUUGGGAGCGAACAUUGGCCUUGGUGAAACAAGGAUAUUAUUGGCCCCAAAUGCGUGAUGAUGUGGAAGAAUAUGUCCGCACUUGUCUCACUUGCCAGCAAGACAAGGUUGAGCAUAAGAAGAAAGCAGGCUUGCUUGAACCUUUACCUGUGCCUAAACAUCCGUGGGAAAGUGUAUCACUUGACUUCAUCACUGGAUUGCCUAAAGUGGGAGAUAUUGAGACUAUCUUGACUAUUGUGGACCGGUUCUCCAAGUAUGCCACCUUUGUUGCUGCCCCAAAGUAUGUUUCAGCGGGGGAGACUGCCUAA